AUGGCAAACGACCUACAAUAUGUGAUUACCCUACCUGCAGCAGACGAAAUCAUGAGUGCACAAGGAGGAGAAUCCGUAGAAGGAUAUACCUUGGAGAACAUCGAAUUGGAAUAUAAGUCCAUCGAUAAUAAUGACCUUGCAAGGAAAGCCGAGGGUUUGUAUGGAUCCGAACGAGAGCUAUCCUUCGAACAUACCACCCUGAUGAAGAAAUCCGAAUGGGACAAAGACUCCACCAUCAUUAAUGAGACAAUCAAUAUACCACGCAGGAGCAUGAAAGCCAUCGUUAUGUUAUUCACAAACAAGACAAAACCUGACAGUGAAGAAUAUGUAUACCCCAACAUCGAAAAGGUCAAGGUAACCGUAGAGGGUGUUCCAAAUUCAGUCUAUAGCCAAGGUAUCCCGAAAACAAGGCUAUACGAGGAGGCAAGGCGACUGUUUGAUACUGACGAAAUCAGCCAUCAGACACUAACCGGCUUCUUUAAAGACAAAAAAUUCGCACUGGUCAUCGAUCUCAGAACCGCAAACGACGCCAACACAUAUGGAAACGGUGCUAAAAUUCAGAACACCCGGUCUGGAAUACUGGUGGAAAUCACAAAGAAAGCUAUAACUGCAAACGUUGUAUGUUACAUGUUCGUCCUUUCCGACGGUGUUAUCAGGAUCGCGAACGGGCAACUUGCUGGGGUAAAGUACUAG